UUCCAUCUAAAAAUUCCAAAAUGGCGGAUCCCAUCACGGGCUGAUUCCGUUGGUGGCGCGCGCGCCGCUGUGUCCGCCCAGCGCCGGGCCCUCCCCGUGGCUUGCCGCAGCCCCGAGCGCCGGCUCCCGCCGCACAGGUGGUGAUUGAAGUUUGUCAGAUGUUGGGUGAUAAGUGAAUUAAAGGUUCACAUUCUGAAAACCAUUUGAAGAUAUUCUGCCAUCCUAUUGGAUUACUUUGUUUACAGCACAGAAUGUUAUUCUGCCCUGGAUUUAAUUUGGUGUUUAUGAAUUAAUCCCCCUUCUCUGUAUGUCUAUGUAUUGGUGAAGCAUUGGAGCUCUGCAGGGCUGCUGUUGCUUGUGUGGAAACUGAUCCAUUUUGAAUCCCUUCCAAAGAACUAGACACUGCUAACAAUGAGCUCCCAAAGCCAUCCAGAUGGACUUUCUGGCCGAGAUCAGCCAGUAGAGCUGCUAAAUCCACCUAGAGUGAACCAUAUGCCCAGUUCUGGUGACUGGACUCUGGAUUUCUCUAUUCUCCUUUGAAGAUUCAUUCCACAACCAUCUCCCCUCAACUGAGAAUGCCUUGUCCCUGUGUCUUGAAUGCUUCAUUCUGGCCUUUGUGAUCUGCAGUGUCAUAAAGGAGUGCAAAUGACUUAGAGAGACAGAGUGGUUGAUGUGAACACAGCACUGCCCUUGCAAGUUGCACCAACUUCAGUCCCCAUGGAUCUCCGCUUGGACCACCAGUUUUCCAUGCCAGUGACGGAACCUACACUCCGAGAACAGCAGCUCCAGCAGGAACUCCUGGCUCUCAAACAAAAACAACAAAUUCAGAGACAAAUCCUUAUAGCCGAGUUCCAGAGGCAGCAUGAGCAACUCUCCCGUCAACAUGAGGCCCAGCUACAUGAACAUAUAAAACAGCAACAGGAAAUGCUAGCAAUGAAACAUCAGCAGGAGCUCUUGGAGCACCAGAGAAAGUUGGAGCAACAUCGACAGGAACAGGAACUGGAGAAGCAGCAUAGAGAACAGAAACUACAACAGCUAAAAAACAAAGAGAAAGGAAAAGAAAGUGCAGUGGCAAGCACAGAAGUAAAAAUGAAAUUACAAGAGUUUGUCUUAAAUAAAAAGAAAGCUUUGGCACACCGGAAUCUCAACCAUUGCAUUUCCAAUGAUCCCCGCUUCUGGUAUGGGAAAACUCAGCACAGUUCUCUUGACCAGAGUUCUCCCCCACAAAGUGGAAUAUCGGGCACCUACAAUCACCCUGUCCUGGGGAUGUAUGAUUCCAAAGAUGACUUUCCACUCCGAAAAACAGCAUCUGAACCCAACCUGAAGUUACGAUCCAGAUUAAAGCAGAAAGUUGCUGAAAGACGGAGCAGUCCCCUGUUACGGAGGAAAGAUGGCCCAGUGGUUACUGCUCUUAAGAAGCGUCCCCUGGAUGUCACAGGUAUGUUGGACUCUGCAUGCAACAGUGCUCCUGGAUCUGGUCCCAGUUCUCCAAACAACAGCUCUAAUAACAUAAGUGCUGAGAAUGGAAUUACAGGAUCAGUCACAAGUAUUCAAGCAGAGACCAGCCUGGCUCACAGACUAGCGAAUCGUGAAGGCUCAGUAACACAGCUUCCUCUCUACACAUCUCCUUCCUUGCCCAACAUAACGUUAGGACUGCCCGCAACUGGACCUGCCAGUGGGGGAUCAGGACAGCAGGAUGCCGAGAGACUUACUAUUCCAACCCUACAACAGCGGCUUUCCUUGUUUCCUGGCACCCACCUCACUCCUUACUUGAGCUCUACGACUUUGGAAAGGGAUGGGGGAACUUCACACAACUCUCUUCUACAGCACAUGGUUUUACUGGAACAACCAACUGCACAAACUCCCUUAGUCACAGACUGGUAUCUUUCAGGCUUGGGGCCACUGCCCCUCCAUGCACAGUCUCUGGUUGGUGCAGAUCGGGUCUCCCCCUCAAUACACAAACUCCGGCAACACCGCCCCUUGGGGCGCACGCAGUCUGCUCCCCUUCCCCAGAAUGCCCAGGCCCUCCAGCAGUUAGUGAUCCAGCAACAGCAUCAACAGUUCCUGGAGAAACACAAACAGCAAUUCCAGCAACAGCAACUUCACAUUAACAAGAUGAUACCAAAACCGAAUGAGCCAGCCCGCCAGCAUGAAAGCCACCCUGAGGAGACAGAAGAGGAGUUACGAGAACACCAAGCACUUCUGGAGGAGCCAUACAGUGACCGAGUCUCAAGCCAAAAGGAGGUGCAAGGGUUGGCCAAUAUGGUGCAGGUGAAACAAGAGCCCAUUGAGAGUGAUGAAGAGGAAACAGAGCCAGCACCGGAACUAGAGCCAGGGCAGCGACAAGCCGAACAGGAGCUGCUAUUCCGUCAGCAAGCCCUUCUACUGGAGCAGCAACGCAUUCACCAACUGAGAAACUACCAGGCAUCAAUGGAGGCAGCUGGCAUUCCAGUGUCUUUUGGAGGACAUCGGCCUCUGUCUCGUGCACAGUCCUCACCUGCAUCUGCCACCUUCCCCAUGUCCGUACAGGAGCCACCCACUAAGCCAAGGUUCACAACAGGCCUUGUAUACGACACCUUGAUGCUGAAACACCAGUGUACCUGCGGAAACACAAACAGCCACCCAGAGCAUGCAGGGAGAAUCCAGAGCAUCUGGUCCAGGCUUCAAGAGACAGGCCUCCGUGGCAAGUGUGAGUGUAUUCGUGGAAGAAAAGCAACUCUAGAAGAGCUACAGACAGUUCACUCAGAGGCGCACGCGCUCCUGUAUGGCACAAACCCUUUGAACAGACAGAAACUGGACAGCAAGAAACUUCUAGGUUCUAUAACAUCAAUGUUUGUCAGGCUCCCUUGUGGUGGUGUUGGAGUUGACAGUGACACAAUUUGGAAUGAAGUUCAUUCGUCUGGUGCGGCUCGCCUGGCUGUGGGCUGUGUCAUUGAACUUGUUUUUAAAGUGGCCACAGGAGAAUUGAAGAAUGGAUUUGCUGUUGUUCGACCUCCAGGUCAUCAUGCUGAAGAGAGUACCCCCAUGGGGUUCUGCUAUUUUAAUUCUGUGGCAAUUGCAGCCAAGCUUCUCCAACAGAGACUCAACGUUAGCAAAAUCCUUAUAGUGGACUGGGACGUGCACCAUGGGAAUGGUACUCAGCAAGCUUUCUACAGUGAUCCUAACGUUCUUUAUAUUUCACUACAUCGCUAUGAUGAUGGAAACUUCUUCCCAGGCAGUGGAGCACCUGAUGAGGUCGGCACAGGACCAGGUGUUGGUUUCAAUGUUAAUAUGGCGUUUACUGGUGGCCUCGAACCACCGAUGGGAGACACCGAAUAUUUGACUGCUUUCAGAACGGUAGUAAUGCCAAUUGCCAAUGAAUUUGCCCCAGAUGUUGUGCUGGUGUCAUCUGGUUUUGAUGCAGUGGAAGGCCAUCCUACGCCUCUUGGAGGAUAUAAUCUAUCAGCAAAAUGCUUUGGGUACCUGACGAAGCAGCUGAUGGGAUUGGCCGGAGGUCGAAUUGUUCUGGCCCUCGAAGGAGGUCAUGACCUGACAGCCAUUUGUGAUGCAUCUGAGGCAUGUGUUUCUGCUUUGCUGGGAAACGAGCUUGAUCCUCUUCCAGAAAAAGUCUUGCAGCAGAGAGCAAAUGCCAAUGCAGUGCAUUCCAUGGAAAAAGUAAUUGAGAUACACAGCAAGUAUUGGCAUUCACUCCAGCGUUACUCCUCCACGGUAGGGUACUCCUUGAUCGAGGCACAGAAGUGUGAGACUGAAGAAGCAGAAACAGUAACAGCCAUGGCAUCUCUGUCAGUGGGUGUGAAGCCAGCUGACAAGAGACCAGAUGAUGAGCCCAUGGAAGAGGAGCCUCCCCUGUAGCAUUCACCUUUGAGCUGGAGUUCUCCUGUUUGUUCGUCUUUGUCUUGAAGCUCUGCCAAGAAGCUUUCUCCUGUUACUCCUGCGUCCUGUCAUGGUUUUCUUACAGAAUACAGAAGGGACAACCAGGUGUAAAACACAGCAACAGAAAAAUCUCUCCAAAUAGAUAGAUAUACACAUAUACAGUAUAUACAGAAAAGGAAAAAUGCUGGUGAAGAGCAGCAGUGUUGAAGACAAGCACGUAUGCUGGGCACUCUUCCUCUGGUCCUCAAUGGAAGCCGUAAGGGGAACAAAGCCCAUGAAAGUCUUUGGCAAAGUUGUCAGGGUUUUUUCUGAAAAAAAUAAUUAAAUCAAAGAUUCAACAACACAAAAACAAACAAACUUCAUUUAAAACUGGUGCUUAAAGUUUGAUUACCCACAAUUCAGCAAUCUCCGUUUGAACCACUCAACCCAUCUUGUAGUUUUGUUUCUUGGAUUUUUUUUUUAAAUGGCUCUCGCCCACUUGUGAGUCAGACAUUCUCUUCAAAACCAGAACAAUGCGAGAUGGUGUAUUUUUAAUGGGGAGGGUGGGGGAAAGAGGACUAGUCUAUAUAUAUAUAGUCUUAUAUAUAUAUAUAUACACA